AUGAACAUUAUCAGGAAAGUUAAUGUAGAUGUGUCCCUGGUGGAUUUGUUCCUACACUUUCCUAAAUUCUCCAAGUUUUUUAAGGAUCUUAUUGCGAAAAAGGAGAAGAUACAAGACGAUGGUGUGGUGAUAUUGAGUGCAUUUUGCUCACAAUUUGUGAAGGGAAAGAUGCCGGCAAAGAGAAGAGACCCUGGAAGCUGUGUGAUCCCAUGUGAGAUGGGAGAUAAGAAGUUCCCAAAGUGCCUACUUGAUCAAGGCUCGGGAAUAUCAUUGAUGGCUCUGAAAACCGCACGGUCAAUCGGUCUAGAAGCGAGGAUUGAACCAAUCGACAUUGACCUACAAUUGGCGGAUCAUUCAAUUGUGAAACCAAAAGGUAUCAUCGAGGAUGUCUUGGUGAAGGUUGAUAGAUUUGUACUCCCGGUUGACUUCAUUGUCCUAGAGAUGGAAGAGGACAAGGAUAUGCCUAUCCUAUUUGGUAGGCCAUUUUUAGCAACCGGUGAUGUUGUGAUAGAGACCAAGACAAAUACGGUCAUGUUUCGAGUAGAUGGAGAGAAUGUGGUGAUCAAGCAAGAGAAGGCGGGGAAGCGCCUAUUGGAGCCUGGAUAG